CAGAAAGUUGCUGUGCUUUUGUCCCGUUAAUAUUUUGUAUUAAAUCGACGUGCUGACAACACUGAAUCUUUUAAAUCCUGACAUUUUAAAACCUAUUUUCAGUAGGCGUUGCACAAGAGUUGGAGAUGAAGUAUAUGAUGGCCGUCCCUCUAUUCGUUGUGUUGGUGUUAUGUGUUGAAGUGUGUGCGGUGAUGUGCAUUGGUGCUCUACAACUGUCGCCGUCCUUCAUCAAUAACACAUUCGUCACGCUGUGGGCUGGAGGACUGAUCAGAACUUGCCUCCUCCUCUUCCUUGCCUUCACCUACUCUGGCAGCCCGUCGUGGAUGAGAGGGUUCGAGGGUGUGCAGACCGCUGUAGUUCAUGGUCUUCUCUACCCAGUGUACAUCACCAUCCUCUGGGCUUGUGGCAGGUCCACUGUAGAGCUUGUAUGGGGUUGGCACACCUGGCAAGGGCUUCUGCAGGGGUAUGCGGUGUUGGGUUUGUCUUUAUUGCUGUGGAAACGCUAUGUGCCCAACGUCCUCCCCACACCCAAAAAGCAGAAAACACAGCCAAAGGGCAAGGCCUCGCUGCAAAGACUGCUUGGAUACAUGAAGCCUUUCACAGGGCGCUUUGCAGCCGUCUUCUUCUUUGUGGUUGUGUCUUCAUUAGGUGAAAUGGCGAUUCCUCAUUACACUGGUAAAAUGACAGACUGGAUCAUGAACGAAGAUGAACCUGAGGCCUUUAAUCAUGCUAUCACUGUCAUGACUCUGAUGACUGUUAUGAGUGCGGUGUGCGAGUUUGUGUGUGACCUCAUCUACAACGUCACCAUGAGCCGAAUACACACAUCCAUCCAAGGUCUCGUCUUCCAGUCAGUGCUUAAACAGGAUAUCACAUUCUUUGAUAAAGCUUCAACAGGGGACAUUGUGUCUCGUAUCACAACGGACACCAACACCAUGAGUGAGUCUCUCAGUGAGAAGUUGAGUCUUCUUAUGUGGUACUUAAUGCGCAUCAUUUGCCUGUUUGGCUCCAUGAUGCUGCUGUCCACCAGACUGUCCAUUUUCACCGCUCUUGGCCUCCCUGUCAUCUGGAUCAUUCCAGAAUUCUCUGGCCAGUUCUACCAGAAACUUUCUGUACAAGUGCAAGAUUCUCUCGCCAAGGCCAACGAUGUUGCCACGGAAACAUUCUCUUCCAUCAAGACAGUCAGGAGCUUUGCUAACGAGGAUGGAGAAACUGAGCGAUACAGGAAGCGCUUAGAGGAGACGUAUGCUCUGAACAAAGUGGAAGCCGCAGCUUAUGCUGCCUCUACAUGGACCAAUAGUAUGUCCAGUCUGGCUUUGAAAGUCAGUAUACUGUAUUAUGGAGGGCGGCUUGUGACAGGAAGUGAUGUCACUAGUGGUGAUCUGGUGUCCUUUGUGCUAUAUGAGCUGCAGUUCACGUCUGCUGUGGAGGUUCUGAUGUCAUACUGGCCACAUGUAAAGAAGGCUGUUGGUGCAUCAGAGAAGAUUUUUGAGUAUGUGGACCGUAAGCCUGAUAUUCCUCCUGAUGGAUCACUCGCUCCUCAAGCUCUAAAGGGACAUGUGCACUUCAACAAUAUCACCUUUGCCUAUCCAAAGAGACCAGAUACAAAUGUACUGAAGAAUGUUUCUCUCGAGCUGAAGGCAGGUCAGAUCACUGCUCUUGUGGGGCCGUCAGGUGCUGGGAAAAGCACUUUCGUGAGUUUACUGGAGAGAUUUUACCAGCUUCAUAAUGGAGAGAUUUUACUGGACCAUAAACCACUGCUAAGCUACCAAGACCAAUAUCUGCAUGAGAAGAUUAGUGUGGUUUCACAGGAGCCAGUUCUGUUCGCUCGGUCGGUGCGAGAAAACAUCAAAUACGGCAAAGAAAACGCCUCCGAUGAAGAGAUGUACGCUGCUGCCAAACUCGCCAAUGCACAUGAGUUCAUUUUGAAUUUACCUAAAGGAUAUGACACAGAUGCAGGAGAGAAGGGCGGUCAAGUCUCCGGAGGUCAGAAGCAGCGUAUCGCCAUCGCCAGAGCUCUGAUUCGACAACCGCAGAUUCUAGUGUUUGAUAAUGCAACAAGCUCGCUUGACGCAGAGAGUGAACACAGGGUGUACAGCGCUCUUAGAAAUGACACGAGGAAGUGCACGGUGCUGCUCAUCAGUAACGGGCUGAGCGGGGUUGAGAAGGCUGAUCACAUUGUCUUCCUGCGAGAAGGGGAAGUGGCCGAACAGGGCAGCCAUAAUGAACUUCUGGCAAAGAAUGGAUUUUACGCAGAGUUUGUGAAACAACAGAAUGCUUCUAUCAGUCGCAAAACAGAGGAUGCCACAAACACUGAUACCUGAUGUACGUCUGCGGCUCUAUAUUUAAUCUCAACCACCAAGCAGGGAUAGCUGAACCUUUUUAUUCAUUCUAUUAAUACAUCAAUACGUCAUCUGUUCUUUCAUGUAAAUUCUAGUUUUUUUAAUUAGGUGUAAAUAUCAAAAACUGCAAAAGGGUUAUGAGAGAAUUUCACAAAAACAUGUCCAGGUCACAAUUCACCUCAAAAUCAAAAGGAGAAAUUUUGAUUAUUUUUCAAUCAUUUUGAAUGUACUUUUUAAAUUUUUUUUAUUUCCAUUGUCCUCAGUGGUGGUUCUUGGUAUUGUAAUACCGUAAAAGAAAUACUGAAGUACAAUGUGUUUAGGGAUAUAUACACUGGCGGCAUUCAACUGAUCACAUAGUAUAGUCAGGACAUUACUGAUGUAAAAAACAGCACCAUCACUAUUUCAAAUCUUGACAGGCCCCAUUUCCAGCAGCCAUCACUCCAACACCUUAUCCUUGAGUAAUCAUGCUAAAUUGAUAAUUUGAUACAAGAAAAUCACUUUUCAUUAUAUCAAACACAGUUGAAAGUGAUUUUGUUCGUGAAAUGAAGCUUAACAUUGCUUUUGUGUUUGUUUUUGAGUUGCCACAGUAUGCAAUAGACUGGCAUGUCUUAAGGUCAAUAUUUGGUAAAAAAUGGCACAAAAAAAAAAAAACUCACCAGUCAAUCAUUGUUUUGAGGAAUGAAUGCUAUGCAGUAUAUGCAUAAUAAAGUCUUCAAAGACAAAGUACAACUGUCUCUAACAAGGACAGAAAGAGAUGUGGAAGACCAGAUGUACAACUAAACAAGAUGAUAAAUACAUCAGAGUCUCUAGUUUGAGAAAUAGAUGCCUCACAUGUCCUCCGCUGACAGCUUCAUUGAAUUCUACCUGCUCAACACCAGUUUCAUGUACAACAGUAAAGAGAAGACUCAGGGGUGCAGGCCUUAUGGGAAGAACUGCAAAGAAAAAGACACUUUUGAUACAGAAAAACAAACAAAAUGUUAGAGAGGGCAAAGAAUCAGACAUUGGACAACAGAUAAUUGGAAAAGAGUGUUACGGAUCUGAACCCCAUUGAGCUUUUGUAGGAUCAGCUAGACUGUAAGGUGCGUGAGAAGUGCCCGACAAAACAGACACAUCUAUGGCAAGUGCUACAGGAAGUUUGGGGUGAAAGGUCACCUGAGUAUCUGGACAAACUGACAGCUUGAAUGUCAAGGAUCUGCAAAACUGUCAUUGCUGCACGUGGAGGAUUUUUGGAUGAGACCUUUUUGAAGUAGUUUAUUUUUUUUUUCAAAUGGUAAUAGUAAUUUUUCACGUUAUUAAUGUCCUGACUAUACAUUGUGAUCAGUUGAAUGCCACUUUGGUGAAUAAAAGUAUCAAUUUCUUCCCAUAAGAGCAAAAUCUGUACAUGAUUCCAAACUUUUGGCCGCCAGGGUAUAUAUACAUUAGAAAACAUCUACAUUAUAAUCAAGAAACACAUCUUACUCAAUAAACUCUUUGUGCAUUACAAUAAACAGACAUAAUUAGGAAAAUAAGAAUACAAGAGUACACAUUAAAUAUUUAAUUGAUUUGCAAAUAUGUACUCUAUAGUAUGCCAAAAAGUAACUAUUGCACACAUUAUACAUCACCAGUAGUAAUCUACUUGUAGUAUAGUGGUAUCUUAAUGGUCAUAAAAAUACGCUUCAUUUCCUGAAUUUGUUUUUCUUUCUUUUGUUUUGGAAUUAAAUAUUACUCAGACAUGUUCUUGGUUUCGUGAGAUUCACCCAUUUACUGUUAGACAGAGGGGCAGUCGCUCAAAGAGCAAACAAAAUAAAUUUCUACGGCAGGGAGCUUUAUUUAUGUUUAUAUCUUAUGGCUGUUCUGAGUUGUACUUUGUUUCAUAGAUACAAAGUAAUGUAAAGGUAGAAUUAAGAACUUGUUUUCUAUGUGUGUGCCGUUUGUUUCAUGUUGUAAAAAAAACAUGUAUUGCUUUUUCAUUAGAAAACAUUAUAUAGUAUUUUAUUAUAUUAUGAUCAUGUGCAAUUACAGAUGUAUGAAAAUAUAUUCAUCAAAGUUUCAUUAUUCAAGUCAAUAGAAAAAGAAA